AUGGCACCAAUUAGAAGCUCCAUAUGGCAUUCAUCAAGGCUAAAUCAAUCGAUGAUUCAAAGAAUUUCAUUGGCCAAUAAUUCUUCCCAUAUUAGAAAUUUCAACACUUCAAAAGUUCAACAACAUGGCCAUAUACAUAAGCCAAAAGCUGGUGAAGAAUUGCAUAUAACGUUCAUCACUAAAGAAGGUGAACAAUUGACAUAUGAAGUUGCUGAAGGUGAUACAGUUUUGGAUAUUGCUCAAGCCAAUAACUUGGAUAUGGAAGGUGCUUGUGGUGGUUCAUGUGCUUGUUCAACUUGUCAUGUUAUCGUUGAUCCAGAAUUUUAUGAUGAAAUCCCUGAACCUGAUGAUGAUGAGAAUGAUAUGUUGGAUCUAGCUUUUGGUCUAACUGAAACUUCAAGAUUGGGAUGUCAAAUUAAAAUGACAAAAGAAAUUGAUGGUAUUAGAGUCGCAUUACCAGCAAUGACCCGUAAUUUACAAUCUUCAGACUUUUCUUAA